UCUUCCUCUGGCUGCCUGUCCAUGCGCGGCAGGCACAUGCACACGCACAUGCGCAGGCAGAGACGUUUCACUGAGUGUGCAGAGCAGCCCUGGGGUUCCCGAGUGAGACUGUUGGCAGCAGUGAGAGCGGCUUGUUUGCAGCGGGGCUGUUGAGCAGGGAGGGAGCCCGGCCAGCUUCCCUUGAGAGGGAAUUCCAGACUCCUGAGAGAGACAAAAUAAGGACGGACAACCAUGACCAAAGACGACUCCACAGAGCUUCCCUCUGAGGGGGACCACCAGCCCCUGGAGUACCAGAGCCCUGUCCUGGAAAGGAGGAAGAAGCCCAUCGUCCACCCUUCUGCCCCUGCUCCACUCCCCAAAGAUUAUGCAUUUACCUUUUUUGAUCCAAACGACCCGGCUUGUCAAGAAAUCCUGUACGACCCCCUCACCACAGUCCCAGAACUGUUUGCCAUCAUCCGCCAGUGGGUGCCCCAGGUUCAGCACAAGAUCGACAUCAUUGGCAAUGAAAUUUUGAAGCGUGGCUGCCACGUCAACGACCGCGAUGGGCUGACCGAUAUGACGCUGCUUCAUUACGCCUGCAAAGCGGGCGCUCAUGGCGUGGGGGACCCUGCGGCUGCAGUGCGCCUCUCUAACCAGCUGCUUGCUUUGGGGGCGGAUGUGACGCUGCGCAGCCGCUGGACCAACAUGAACGCCCUGCAUUAUGCGGCUUACUUUGAUGUCCCAGAACUGAUUCGGAUCCUCCUGAAGGCCUCCAAGCCCAAAGAUCCUUGUUUUAUACAGAACCUAGCAUACUUUCUCAACUCAACAUGCAGUGAUUUCAACCACGGGACAGCUCUGCACAUUGCCGCUUCAAACCUGUGUCUGGGGGCCGUGAAGUGUCUUCUGGAGCAUGGCGCCAAUCCCGCCGUCAGGAACAGCAAAGGCCAGGUCCCAGCGGAUGUGGUGCCCGACCCAAUGGACAUGACCUUGGACAAGGCCGAAGCGGCCAUGGUGGCCAAGGAACUGAAGCAGCUGCUUCUGGAUGCCGUCCCCCUGAGCUGCAACCUCCCCAAGGUGACCCUGCCCAACUACGACAACAUCCCGGGCAACCUCAUGCUCAUCUCCCUGGGCCUGAAGCUGGGCGACCGGGUCCUUGUGGACGGGCAGAAGGUGGGCACCUUGCGUUUCUGCGGCACAACAGAGUUCGCCAGCGGCCAGUGGGUGGGCGUGGAGCUGGACGAGCCAGAUGGCAAGAACGAUGGCAGUGUGGGAGGGAUCCGCUAUUUCAUUUGCCCUCCAAAGCACGGUGUGUUUGCCUCUGUGUCUAAGAUCGCCAAAGUGGCUGACCAGACGCCUUCCUCGGUGACCUCCACCCCCCGGACCCCCCGCAUGGACUUUUCCCGCAUGACGGCCAGGGGCCGGAAGGAGAAAGACAAAGAGAAGGAGAGGGACAAGAAAGCUCUCCGGAAAAAGUCCUUGUCCGUUGGCAGCCUGGACCGUGAAGGGCUGAAGAUUGAGAUUGGGGAUCAAGUCCUGGUGGCAGGCCAGAAGCAGGGCACCAUUCGCUUCUACGGGAAGACGGACUUUGCACCCGGCUACUGGUUUGGCAUUGAGCUUGAGAAGCCCACCGGCAAGCACGAUGGCUCAGUCUUUGGAGUUCGCUACUUCACUUGUGCCCCUAAGCAUGGAGUCUUUGCUCCCCCUUCCAGAGUCCAGAGAAUCGGAGGCCCAAAGGACUCGCAGGGGGACGGCACUUCCUCGAAGAAGGUCCACCAAGUCACCAUUUCACAGCCAAAGCGCAACUUCACAGCUGUCCGGACUCCGAAAGACAUCACAUCAGAAAGCUCCAUUUCUAGGUUACUUUUCUGCUGUUGGUUUCCGUGGAUGCUCCGUGCAGAAAUGCAGUCAUAAAGGUCUCUGUGUCCUC